CUGGCUUUCCGGAAGUAGGUCACGUGUUCUACAGAGAUUAUAAAUACUAGGCACAGCGACUUCCGUUGAGCUCGAGCGCAGAUGAGAGUGACAGUAUGGCGUCUACAAGCCGUGGAGAUGCUCUUCCCAAGGUGCAGUGCCCUAAUCACCCCGACGCCCUGCUGGUGGAGGACUACAGAGCCGGUGAUAUGAUCUGCCCCGAGUGUGGCCUUGUUGUUGGUGACCGUGUGAUUGACGUCGGCUCAGAGUGGAGGACGUUCACGAACGAGAAAGCUACCAAAGACCCGUCACGUGUCGGUGACGCACAGAACCCGCUCCUCAACGGAGGAGACCUCACAACGAUGAUCGGAAAAGGAACAGGUGCUGCGAGUUUCGAUGAGUUCGGAAACUCCAAGUAUCAGAACCGCAGGACGAUGAGCAGCUCGGACAGAGCCAUGCUGAACGCCUUUAAAGAGAUCUCCACCAUGGCAGACAGGAUAAACCUGCCCCGAAACAUCGUCGAUCGUACCAAUAACCUGUUUAAGCAGGUUUAUGAACAGAAGAGUCUGAAGGGCCGGAGUAACGACGCGAUCGCUUCAGCCUGCCUCUACAUAGCAUGCAGACAGGAGGGAGUUCCCCGAACGUUUAAAGAAAUCUGCGCUGUGUCCCGGAUUUCUAAGAAGGAGAUCGGCCGCUGCUUUAAACUCAUCCUGAAGGCCCUGGAGACGAGCGUGGACCUCAUCACCACCGGAGACUUCAUGUCUCGUUUCUGCUCCAACCUCGGCCUCCCGAAGCAGGUGCAGAUGGCAGCCACCUUCAUCGCCCGGAAGGCCGUGGAGCUCGACCUGGUCCCGGGACGCAGCCCCAUCAGCGUGGCUGCUGCCGCCAUCUACAUGGCAUCUCAGGCCUCUGCUGAGAAGAAAACUCAGAAAGAAAUUGGAGAUAUAGCCGGAGUAGCCGACGUCACCAUCCGCCAGUCGUACCGUCUCAUCUACCCACGUGCCGCUGACCUCUUCCCUCCAGACUUCAAGUUCGAUACGCCAGUAGAUAAACUGCCUCAGCUGUGAAACACACACACACACACACACACACACACACACACACACACACACACACACACACACACAGUUCUUUCUAUUCUGGUUUUCAUUUCUAUUUGAUUGAGAAGGUUUUGCUUUUUCGACGUGGUGGUGAUUUUUGAGGUGUAACCCUGAGUGCAUACAGGAGACACAUUCCACGGUUUAAUGCUACCGGAGCUCAGACCGUAGUGAUCCGCAGUUCAUUUGUGUGUAUAUAUAACUGUACAUAAUUCACGUGAGAAUUUAAUUGGUGAUUAAACCAGUUUCAUACUGUAAACAUUUUCUUUUGUAGCAAACGAGCGAGUUAUUUUCUUUAGUGUGUCUGCAUUGUAUUUAGUAAUUUAAAACAAUAAAUGCUUUUCAGAAAAGCA